GCUCACGCUGGCUCUCUCCCUCUCCAGAUAACCCACACCCAGUGACUCCGUGUCUCGGUUUUUGUGGCAGUAGGAAGGAUGCUUCUCUGAAUGUUUUAUUUUUUUAUGUGACACUUGUAUCAGAGACACUUUUCGGUUCCACAGGAGGACAGCUUAUUUGAUUGUGUUAUUAAUCGGAUUUAUUGGGAAACGUGUAAAGAGCUUAUACACACACAAUGUUGGGCAUGGAUGUUUGUGAAUUUGGAGGACAGUUUCUUGAACUGCUCUGGUUGACUGUUUGCUACAGAGGCAUCAUGGCUGAUAAAGAGACAGAAGUGCCAGUGGUGGGAGACGAUGACGAGCCAGAUCUGAACUACCAGCCCCCAGCUCAGAAGAGCCUGCAGGAGAUUCAGGAACUGGACAAGGAUGAUGAAAGCUUGAACAAGUACAAGCAGACCCUCCUGGGCACUGGACCUGUGGUGUCAGAUCCCACCAUUCCUAAUGUUCAGGUGACCCGACUGACCCUAAUGUGUGACCAGGCCCCUGGACCCAUCACAAUGGACCUGCAAGGUGACCUCGAAGCUUUGAAGAAAAAGAAUUUCACCAUGAAAGAGGGAGUGGACUACCGGGUGAAAAUCCACUUCAAGGUCAACAGGGACAUCGUGUCUGGACUGAAAUAUGUGCAUCUGACCUACAGAAAAGGAGUGAGAGUGGAUAAGUCUGUAUACAUGGUGGGAAGCUAUGGUCCGAGAGCUGAGGAGCACGAGUUUAUGACCCCAGUGGAGGAGGCUCCAAAGGGCAUGAUUGUCCGGGGAAGCUACCACAUUAAAUCCCACUUUACAGAUGAUGACAAGACAGACCACCUGUCCUGGGAGUGGAACCUGCACAUCAAAAAAGAUUGGGAUGCUGCAGAGUAAAGAGGUCCAAGGUGUCCUACCCCAGACGUAUAGCAACAUACUGAAUUUGUGACAGGUGUUUAAAACAUGAGACUUAGGCUAGGCACAUGUUUGAAUGGAGUUGACUUUGUAAGUGAUUGAUGAAUUAAUCAGUCAUAUACGCAUUUAAAUAUAAAAGAUAUUCUUACUUAUUAGGCAUAAUAAAUGAUGAGGACACACAACGACUGGCAGGGUAUUUGAGGUGACUUAUUACUUAUAAUGGUUGUGUUUGCAACAGUAAAUCUAACAAAAGAUAUUCCUCAUGCCUGUACUCUCAGGUUAGUGUACACUGUAAAUGUAAAUAUUCGAAUGUCUGUAUUCUUGCAUUGCAUCUAAAGUUCUCGACUCGGCCCAUGAUCAGACCAGUGCAUGCUUGAGUGUGAAGCCAAUGGCUAUAUGCCCUGUAUUAAUAGCCUGCUGUUAAAAUUGAUAAAUACUUGUGUAAGAUGUGGUUUGUAUUAAGUGUUGCUUGUUCAAAAGGUAUUGCUGAGCAUUACAACCCUGCUAUAAAGACCAAAACGGUAUAAAUUCCCACGCUGGUUGAGGCUAGUCUACGAAGCAUUAUGGGGUAUACCAACACUUCAGCUUCAUGUACUGGUGAGCUGAUGUGCUGGUCUUUUUAGCAGGGAAACUGUCAUCAUUGGAGCCCAUAGUCAAGCACCCUCUCCUAAAACUGUUAAAGAUCUCUGUUCAUCUCUGUCCAGGAUUCAGUAGCUGUCUUUCAUCUAUUGUUUUGACAUUUUAAGUUUCAAAAUAAAUACAUUUUAUCAUUUA